AUGAGGAAUAGCCCGUCCCCCCUGAGUUCGCGACUUGUCGGGAACAAACACGCCGUUAAGGGGUUCACCUCUCUAUCUCCCUCACCCCGUACCCUCGAAACCAUGGCUACCACCACUUCCGCUCAACACCCGACUGUGUUCCCUCACAGUCAUGUCGGUUUCGACAGCAUCACCUCCCAGAUUGAGCGGAAGCUGUUGAAGCGCGGUUUCCAGUUCAAUGUGAUGUGUGUUGGACAAACCGGUCUGGGCAAGUCGACUCUCGUCAACACCAUCUUCGCAUCCCACCUGAUCGACUCCAAGGGUCGUCUGACCCCCAACGAGCCUGUUCGCUCCACGACCGAGAUCCAAACCGUGUCGCAUAUCAUUGAGGAGAAUGGGGUGCGUCUCCGUCUGAACAUCGUCGAUACGCCUGGUUACGGGGACCAGGUCAACAAUGACCGAUGCUGGGACCCGAUCGUCAAGUACAUCAAGGAUCAGCACUCGGCAUACCUUCGCAAGGAGCUUACGGCGCAGCGUGAGCGCUACAUCCAAGAUACCCGUAUCCACUGCUGCUUGUUCUUUAUCCAGCCGUCGGGCCAUGCCCUGAAGCCAAUCGAUAUCGUGGUUCUGAAGAAGUUGUCCGAUGUGGUCAACGUGGUUCCCGUCAUCGCCAAGUCCGACUCCCUCACCCUCGAAGAGCGCCAGGCAUUCAAGGAACGGAUCAAGGAGGAAUUCGCUUUCCACAACCUGAAGAUGUACCCUUACGAUAAUGACGAGCUCGAUGACGAGGAGCGUGCCAUCAAUGUCCAGAUCAAGGACAUCAUUCCCUUCUCCGUGGUCGGUAGUGAGAAGACCAUCGUGGUCAAUGGCAAGCAGGUCCGCGGUCGUCAGAACCGUUGGGGUGUGAUUAACGUCGAGGAUGAGAACCACUGCGAAUUCGUCUACCUGCGCAACUUCUUGACCCGCACCCACCUCCAGGACCUGGUCGAAACCACGAGCCAGAUCCACUACGAGACCUUCCGUGCCAAGCAGCUUCUGGCCUUGAAGGAGAGUAGCGCCGCUGGUGGUCACUCGGGUGGGAGCCGGCCCAUCAGCCCGUCGGCGGAGCGGGAACUCAGCCGCAACUCGCAGCGCGCAGCCAUGAACGGCUACUGA